ACAGAAAACCUGAAAACCGACAAGCCAUUGCCAAUAUCACGAUCGACUGAUUACUUCGCAUUGGGAUACAAAGAAUCGAACAAAGUACCACCAGGAAGAGUGUCUUUGUUGCAAGCCAUUAAUUUCAUCACAAAGCAUCAGCAACAACCAGAAGUAUGGACUAUCGAAAAGAUAGCGGAAGAGAAUAAAAUCAAGCCCGAAGUCGCAAAGGACAUCAUUGACCAUUUCCGUGCGUUUGAGGUUCACAUGUCGAAGAAUGUUGAGCAAAGGGAGGUGCAACAGAUUCAAGCCAAUUUGAAAUUGCUUGGCGCAAAGAGCAAAGACAAAUAA